AAUUUCUCCGUUAGUGGUCCAUGGCCACACUUGUGCAUGUGCGUUAGAGCGCGGGGAGAGGUUCCUUUCCUCCUGGGCAGAGUUUUUUAUAUAAGCCCCUCUAUGUGCCACUCGUCUCUCGCCAACAAACCAACAACAACAACCAGGCAGGCCAGCGGGCAACAACAACGCACACGCGUAUAAAUAAACGUGAACGCAUGUACUUAAUAUUAGCAUAGAGUUGUCGCCUGCGUGCAUUGCAUAUACAUAACAUAACAUCCAUACACUCCCAUGACAACGGGAGUUCAUCCAGAAGGAGGGCAACAACAGUAACGGCGGAGCAGCCAGAGGAAGAGGAAGAGCAGAGGCGAAGGAGAACGAAAACAAGAAGAAGAAGCAGUGGAAGAGUCCAACAGGCACCACUCACCACAGACCGCCCAAAAGGUCCCAAUGCUGGCGUAAAGAAGCCGAAACACCUGCUGCUGCCAGUGGAAAAGCGGGAGGACCUGCUCCAAACUGCCCAGGUGACAUCCAACCGGUUAGAGGCGACGCACCUGCCGCCUUGAGGAACUGGGUGCUACGCAGAAGGACACGGAUACGGCAACGGUCACGGACUCGAUUCCGCAGUAGCGGCCACCAUGAACGCCAGCCUCAUCUAUGAGAUACUUAUGUAUCUUAACUCGUUCUACUUUGGCAUGUACGCCGCCUUCGAAGUGGGCGUGGGCGUUCUAAAGGCCAUCAAUCUCAACUACGGCGAGAACGCAUUGUCCCGGGAGGCCAGCAUCCUGCUCUCACUGUGCAUCAUCGAGACCGUGCGCAUUGUCUUCGGCCGGAAGAGCAGUCUAAGCGAUCGUGGCUGGCAAGCAACCGCAUCCGUAAUAUUAACACUGCCCAGUCUUGCUAUUGUUAUCUACUUGUGUUGUUUUCAAACCUUUGUUCUCAAACUCGAAAUUAUUCUGAGUGCCUUAAUGAUCACCCUACAAGGUGCUGAACUAGUCUACGCCAGCAUAUUCAUUUGUACAAUGUGUCGCCCCGUCACAUACACCUAGCAGUUGA